GUUACAUAACGUCAAAUUCAAAAACUACAGAGAAAGCCUCCUCGCUUACCCAAAUUAGUCAUCAUAGUCAGAAGAAAUGAGAGAAACCCAACAAGAUCAGCUAGUAAUGGCAGAAGAGCAAAUGCAGCAGCUCAGAUCCAAAGCCACAGAGCUCCUUCUCAGAGAAGAAUGGAAGGAGGCCGUAAAAGCAUAUUCUCACUUCAUCAGCCUCUGCCAAGACCAGGUCUCAAAGACCCCUGAAGACCCAGAACAUCUCCUCAAGCUCUAUAAAUCCCUCUGCUUAGCCCUCUCGAACCGAGCCGAAGCACGAUCCAGACUCCGGGAUUUUGCAGAGGCCUUGAGGGAUUGCGAUCAGGCAUUGAAAAUUGAGAGUACCCAUUUCAAGACUCUUCUCUGUAAAGGUAAAAUUUUGCUGAAUCUGAGCAGGUAUUCAAUGGCAUUGGAAUGCUUCAAAACAGCUCAGCUUGAUCCUCAGGCUAAUGGGAGCUCUGUUAGCCUCAAUGGGUACUUGCAGAAAUGCAAGAAGCUCGAGUUGAUGUCGAGAACUGGAGCUUUUGAUCUCUCUGAAUGGGUGGUUAACGGGUUUCGCGGAAAGCCUUUGGAGCCUGCUGAGUACAUUGGAGCAGUGCAGAUAAAGAAAUCUGAGAUUAGAGGGCGAGGCCUGUUUGCAACAAAGAACAUUGAUGCUGGAACUUUGGUGUUGGUCACCAAAGCAGUUGCCACAGAGAGGGGUAUUUUGCCGGAUCAAAAUCUGGAUGAGAAUGCUCAAUUGGUCAUGUGGAAGAACUUCACUGAAAAAGUUAUGGAUUCGGCGGCUAAAUGUUCAAGAACCCGGGAUUUGAUCAGUACAUUGUCAAGUGGUGAAGAUGAGGAUGAGCUUGUGGUCCCUGAGAUCAAUAUGUUUAAGCCUGAGUCAGAGCAUAUUGGUGGCUACCCAAAUGAGAAGCUUGAUGUGAACAGGAUUCUAAGCAUCUUGGAUGUCAAUUCUCUUGUUGAGGAUGCAAUCUCUUCUAAGGUUUUGGGGAAGAACAGUGACUAUUAUGGUGUCGGGCUAUGGGUACUGGCUGCAUUCAUCAACCAUUCAUGUGUUCCCAAUGCAAGGCGUUUGCAUGUUGGAGAUUAUCUAAUAGUUCAUGCUUCCAGAGAUAUCAAGGCUGGGGAGGAGAUAACAUUUGCAUAUUUUGAUGUGCUUUCUCCAUUGGACAAGCGCAAUGAAAUGUGCAAGACAUGGGGGUUCAGGUGUGAUUGUAAGAGAUGCAAGUUUGAGGAGGAUUUGUAUUCAAGGCAAGACAUAAGAGAGAUUGAGAUGGGUCUCGAAAGAGGGAUAGAUGCUGGUGCUGCAGUUUAUAGGCUGGAGGAAGGCAUGAGAAGAUGGACGGUGAGGGAAAGGGAGAAAGGGUACUUGAGAGCGUCAUUUUGGGAUGCAUGCUCUCAGGCUUAUAGCCCAGAGAAGUCGGCAAAGGGGUGGGGAAGACGGAUACCACCGAUGGAUUCGGUGGUCGAUAGCAUUGCGGAAGCAGUGGGAAGUGAUGAGAGGGUGUUGAAGAUGGUGGUGGAGAAGUUAAAGAAAGGUAGUGGGGGAGUUGUGGAAAUGGAGAGAGCUUUGAAGCUGGGAAGAGGGGUGUAUGGGAAAGUAGUGAAAAAGCAAGCAAUGAAAACUCUUCUUGGUCUUGGCGUUCUUUAAACCAAGCUAUUAACUAAUAGCUAAAAUUUUCAAUUUUUAUUAUAUUCCCUUGUAGUGGCCAAUAAUCAGUUAACCUACUGGGCUAAAGAACUGAUUUGCUGAUUUUUUGUUUAA